AUGCGUACAAGUCCUGAUAAAACAUCACCUGAUAUUACUUAUUCUUGGAUUUUUAAUUGCAUCGAUCACUUUAGUAAAUUUUCAUGGGCCUUUCCGUUACGAAAUAAAUCUGCUAAUGAAGUUGCAACAAAAUUACGUGAUUUAUUUUUUACUUUUGGAUCACCACGAAUACUUCAUUGUGAUAAUGGCCGUGAAUUUAUUUCGAAUGUUAUUACAGAAUUAAAAAAUCUGUUUCCAGAUCUAGUUUUUAUUCGAAGAAGACCAAGGCAUCCGCAAAGUCAAGGAUACAUCGAAAGAGCAAAUGGAAUUUUAUGUGAUGCUCUCGCACCAGUUAUUUGUGGUAUUAACACAACAAUGUCUUCUGUAACCAAAACAACAGCAUAUGAAGUGAUGUUUGGACAACAACCUCGUUCCGAUUCUGAUUUUUGGAAGUUAAUUCAACAGAACGAUGUCGAAGAUGAAGAAAACUUACCAACUCCAGUUGCUGAAUUAAAUGAUGAUUUAAAUGAUGAUCAAGGUGAUAGUUUAAUUAAUUUCGACAAAGAUAUUGAUGCUGACCUAGUUGAUCUUGUUAAUAAAUUAUCUAAUGAUGCUGUUUCUUGUUCAUUAUCUAACACACCAUCAACACCCAGAUCGCUAUCAAUUACCGAAAAAACAUAA